GCUUGUGAGCAGUACCAGAGACUUAAACCAAGAAUACGCCGCAGUUCAUGGAACCAAGGAGACUAUGUUCCUUUCAUAGUCCACGGAGAAAAUGCAAAGAGUUUGGAAUUUCCUUACAUGGUGGCGAUCGGUUACGUCAGAGGCAAGAGUGAGGGCGCCAACCUCAAGUGGCACUGCGGAGGCAGCCUCAUCAGCGACCGCUACGUCCUCACCGCAGCUCACUGCAUCACCGACGCCCAACGGUGA